AGAGCAGUUCAACAGCGCCACAGCCCACAUCCUCCAACACGAUCACACAGUUGCAUCGGCACCUCUCUGAAGCAGUUUGAACAAAAACUGAACAUGAUGACCUGCAUGAAGGGGGAUUUGUGGCGGGGCCACAUUAGUUUUAGCUGGACGUUGCCUAAUAAAGUGGCAAGUUAAUAGAGGGGGUUUCGACUUUGAACUCUCGCUGCUGUAGGUUGAGGGAAAGUGGGUCCACCAAUAAAAACAAAUGACACCGCGUUCUUACAAAUACCUCCUUGAAUGCACUGAACUGAAAGGCUGGAUACUGACGGCAGUCUCUAUGCCUGGAUUUCAUUUUUGCUCCGUUCGAUAAAGCUGUCUGUUAUUUUCCACAGAGCGAUGACUUCAGUAGUUCCUCAAAAUGCUUGAGACGCCUUCCACACCUUCUGUUUUGGUUACGUACAAUGAGAAGCCCUCUGCUUUUUCUGUCAGUGUGCACGCUGGAGGUAUAAAACCCCCUGGCUGGGGGUGGAGACACCCGCAGCCUGCUGUCUAAUAUUGAAGAACGCUGCUAUAAAAACUCUGCUGCUCACAGUGACACUGUCGUCUCCCUGCCGACAUUUACAACAACACAACUGACUUGGGAUCUCUAGCAUUCCACCAUGUGUAAAGGACUUGCAACACUCCCUGCAACAUGCUUGAAAAGUGCCAAAGACAUCAAGCACAAAAUAAGCUUUUUACUCCAGAAGCCUGAACCCCAAGCAGCGGAUCAGAAGCAGAUGAAAGUGAAGAAUGCUGCCGCUGCUGCAGAGAGGGUGCCCACUGCAACCGAGGUGAAGAAAUGGAAGGAGUCUUUCAGCCACAUAAUGAACAGCGACACGGGUCGCAGAGUCUUCACCAGCUUCCUGAGGUCGGAGUUCAGCGAGGAGAACAUGGAUUUCUGGGUCGCCUGUGAAGACUACAAGAAGACAACUCCCUCCAAGCUGGUGACCAGAGCCAAGCAGAUCUACCAGCAAUAUGUUGAGGCAGAUGCUCCUAAUGAGGUAAACUUAGACGCCGUGACCAGAGAAGAAACCAGGCAGAACGUCCAGAACCCCUGCCUGUCUUGUUUCGACGAGGCUCAGAGGAUGAUCUACAUCCUGAUGGAGAAAGAUUCCUACAGACGCUUUCUCAACUCCAAACUGAUCCAGGAUCUGUCUCAGACACAGACCACCAAUGAGAAGAAGGCGAUAAAAAACUGUGACUGUGCAAAGAACAGGCAGGUGUUAGCGGGUGGUGCCUAAACAGGAAGGAAGAAGGGAAUACUUAAAGAAGGUGCCAAAGACUGAAAAUGUAUGAGAGGGCAGACACUGGUAAAAAAAUCCGUUUGUUUCUUGCGUGUCCAGUGUUUAGUUUAGAAAAAGCAGUGGUUUAGAAGGUGACAAAAAGGUUCAUGUGAGAUGUGGUCAAGACUUCAUUGCUUUUAUUAUUUCUUGUUUUCUUUUUUCUGGAAGUCCUCGGUAGACAUUUAAGGGUUUGAAGUGGCAACUGCAUGUCCACUGUAUUUGGACUUCAACAUUGCCCAUUUCUGCUUAAGCUGUCUUUUUUUUUUUUUUUGUCCAAAUCACAGUGUUUGAUAGUGACUGAUUAAAUAUUCAAUAUUUCAGCGUACAGUAUAAACACAGCAGCUCUCCAAGUCAUGGCCAGGUUUAAAGACAUUUACAACAGGAAACCAUCUAAAGCUACCUCCAUCCAACAGACACACCUUCAAACAACCCUGCUGCCACUGGAGCAUGUUGUCAGUGGAGAAGCAUCUCUAUAUGAAUAACAACUACGUAAAGCUGUUACAAUAAAUCUCUAAAGUAAUAUAUCAAGUUCUUUUUAAGAAGGACCCAACCUAACUGUUAGUGAUGAGAACACAGUCGUUAAAAUCAUAUGCUGAGUAAUAUUCGGUGGCAAGCAGUAGAGAUGACUUACCUAUCAGUAUUAAAAUGCUGUAUUUAUCUAAUUCAAGGAUUUAUACUUUUACAAGUAGAUUUUUAUACAUUUAAAACAUUUUGAAAGAAUUAAACCAGAACAGCUGAUGUAGUUUUUCAUUUUUUUGUAACUUCAUUAAAUGAGCCGUCGUGUAUUCAUCCACUGUGCAGUUAGUUUUGGCUGUCAACAGUCUUUCGUUACAGUUAUUUUUCAUCAUUUUGUCUUGGGCACAUACUGUAAAAUUUACUGUUACUUACCCGUUAGCUUUACAUUUGCUACCAGUUCUUUUUAAUCCCCUACUUAUCACACGUUAAUACAACAGAAGAUGGCUGGCACUGAUGUCUAUGUUCUCAUUACUUCAAGUGAGUAAAAUGUUGAUGUAAAACCUGCUGUAUAUCUCAAACAUUAGUCAUUGUAACAACUGGCUGUGCUGUGUAAAAAUCUCGACAUGAUCGCCGCACUGUGCAAAUGUUGGCUUUGUCUACUCCCAGUGGGACUUUUAAGCAUGCUUUAACAUUGUUGUAUUGAUUUUCUGUUACAUGUGGAUAGGUUUUUGUCAAAUUGUGACUCAUUUGAUCAAUUUUUGAGGAAUUCCCCUGUAAGUCGAACUGUUACGUUCAGAUAUUUAGUAGGCCUCCUGUAAUUUGUGCAGGGUGUUUAAUAGUGCGUUCAUUUUAAUUUAAUAUAUUUUGUCGGCCUUGCAUACUAAAAUGUUUGAUCAGAAUGUACACUGUGGCGCAUAGUAAAAUAGAUAUCGUAUGUAGAUAUUUAUUAAAUGAUGACAUUAUCCUAUUAAUAUCAUAUCUGUGAGUAUUCACAAAUAAAAUGAUGUGUUGGAUAAUCGAAACUUUGCGUGCGGUUAGUGUUGUUUCAGUUUGAGACUUUUCAAGAGUUUGACUAAGAGUCUACAGCCCCGCUGGCAGCUUUAUGAGGCUGUCCCAUAAAAUAAAUGACCCCACAGGUUGUCUGUGCCCACUGUUACGUUUUAUUGUUGGGAAACGUCUAGUGGCCAUAGUAAUUAUGACGAGAGCAAAGGAGGAAGUCACAAGAAGUUUUUAUAUAGUGACAAAGUCCAUGUAAGGAGGAUG